UUGCAUCUUUAAAAUUCAUUCUCACCAGCUGCUUCAAUUUCAACCUCAUCUCUUCUCUUGGGGGGGUGGGGAAUGGCAACUGCUAGGAGCAGAGAGAUGAAGAAAUCUUUCUUCAAGCGUGUCUUACCUGAUUCACUUAAAGAACUUACGAUACCAAGAGAGUUUUUAAGGCAAUUAAUAGAUGAGAAGUGUGAGGAAGGAGUAGCCACACUGAGGUAUCAUCAUCACCAACAGAAAUCUUGGCUUGUCAAGAUGAAUGGUUUCAGUUUUCGUGAUGGUUGGAAAGAUUUCGUUCAAGACCUUGAUCUUUGCGUUGGGGAUCUCUUAGUGUUCACACAUGAAGGUGGGUUGCUCUUUGAUGUUCUAGUGUUUGACAACCAAACUGAAUGUGAGAAAGGUUAUAAACAUUUUGAUGAUGAAAUGGAAGAUCAGACAUGGGUGGAAAAAGAAGACAGCAAAAAGAAUGCAAAGGACAUCGAGAGAAGUAACUCAGAAUCCAUGGCCUCGACUGUUCUUUCCCUGAUAGAUGAAUUUACUUACCUGAUCAAUCAAGUAAAGUUUCACCUUAGUUAUAUGGAAAAAGUGGUACAGCCCAUCUUCCACGAAUUCUCUGUUGUCCAAACUUCCCUUAAGAAUGUGAAGGAAGAUGGUGUGGGGCAGAAUUUGGUGCAGGAUUUUGAGGGAAUAGUUCGUGCUGCAAAAGCUGCUAUAGUGAACCAUGUACUCAGCUUGACAGCCAGCCCGAGGAGGGUGACAUUGUUUAAGAGGUGUAACUUCCCUAAGAGAGUUGAAACAUUGUUUAAGAGGUGUGCCUUCCCCAAGAGAGUUGCCCGAAGUAGUAAUUUGGACUCAGAGAUCUAUGAAUUGGCUGAAAAGCUUAAAAAUUUGACUAGCCAUUCCUUGAGAAGAAACAAUGCAGCAGCAGGUGAAAAUUCCCAAGAAGCUCGAAAUAAAGUAGCAGGGGAAGAGUUAUCAUCCCAUCUGGGGAAGCAUCUGUCAGAUUGGAUACGAUCUUCUGCUGAUUACGAUGAAAGAGAGGAGGAUAUUAUCAUUGGUUUAAAGCAUGACAUGGAGUUAAUGAAAAUACGGCUGUUGGACAACAAGAAAAAUCAUCUUUGUGUUAUCUCUGUUUUUGGGAUCCAAGGCAUUGGAAAAACAGUUUUAGCAUGGGAGGUUUAUAAAAACAGUGAUGUGGUUAGCCAUUUUCCUUAUAAAGCUUGGGUUUGCAUAUCUGUUGUGGGCAAUGAUAUUGGAGAGAUUUUGAAGGACAUUGGCAAAAAAGUUAUGGGACUCCAAGAAGAUCAAGAGACAACUGAUGAUGGCCAUGAAGGACUGCAGAACAAGAUCCGCGAAUUCUUGAGUGAUAGGAGGUAUCUUAUAGUCAUUGAUGAUGUACCUGGUGCCAAAGUCUGGAAUCAUCUGAAAGAAGCAUUUCCAAAUGGGCAAAAUGGGAGCAGGAUAAUGCUCACAACCCGCGAUGUGGAAGUCGCUUAUCUCAGCAAUUCAGAUGGCUUUCCUCACCGGCUAUGGGUGCUGAGUGCAGCAGAUAGCUGGGAGUUGUUCACAAGAAAGGUAUCCAUAGCUCCCUGGCAAGUAAGUACUGAUGCAUGUCCCUCUACUUCUCACACCAUGAAGUCACGCAUCCCUCCUCAAUUAGAAGCCAUAGGAAGAAAGAUGGUGAAAAAAUGUAAGGGUAUACCACUGUUAAUUGUAGGAUUGGCAGAUCUAGUAUCAAAUAGAUCUGCCGAAGCUAGCGACUGGUCAUGUGUACUUCAUGGGGCAAAUAUGCAUCUCAAAGGAGACGAUGCCCAUUGGUGGUUUAAUCUAUCAGGCUUCUUUGAUAAGAUGUUAUCUUCACAUGUGAAACAGGGGCUUCCUUACAAUGGGGGGCUCUUUCCAACUGAUAAGAUGGAGAUCCCUACAAGGAGGUUUAUUCUCUCAUGGGCUGCAGAAGGCUUAUUCUUUGGACAGAGAUAUGGUGAACUUGCAGAGGAAGAAGUUGCAGAUGACUGUCUACAACAGUUGCUACAUUUUGAUAUAAUUCGAACAGAAAAGGUGAGGUUCAAUGGGAAUGCCAAGACAUGCAAAAUUCCCCAUGAUUUGCUGAUUUUUAGGAAUGCCCCCAACUAUUCUCACCACGAUCAUCGCUGGGUUUGGUUUCAUGAUCCUAAGAGCAAGCUGGCCACAACCUGUUUUCAUUCUCACCCUCCUCUUGAGAAUCCAGACCAUACUCAUUCUCACCCUCCUGAUGAUAACCAACAUCAGCAAACCCGUAAUGUAAAUUCCAGCAAAACACUCUUUUCUUUAUGGUGCUUUAAUUUUCCAGGAGGACAUGAAGCCGGGCAGCAAGUAGGGCUCUUUCUUGGGAGAUGCAUUAGUCAGGGUGGCUUGCAGUUUCUUGGGGUGCUUGAUCUAGAAGGUGUGUUUAGACCUAACCUUCCUGAGGAAAUUGGAGAGCUAAUCAACUUGAGGUACCUUGGAUUAAGAGAAACCUACAUGGACACACUCCCCUUAAAUAUAGGUAAGUUGCAGAAACUCCAAACUCUUGAUACAAAACACACCUAUGUCCAUAAUUACCCUCGUUCUAUCCAGAGAUUGAAAAAACUACAACACCUUUAUCUGAACGAGGGACAAUAUUCAAGUGAACUUGUUUCAUGGUUGAGUCACUUGAGUGAUCUCCGGACGUUGUCUGGCGUAGUUGUAGAGGAGUUGGAUCUUGUGAAGAAGGAUCAUGGUCUGUGUCGGUUAACUAAUCUCAGGAAACUGAGAUUCACAUGUCAGUUCAAUCAACAACGAAAAGAGAUAGUAGAGGAUCAUUGGUUGGAAGGAUUGGAGCACCUCAGUUCAUUAAAGGUGAGCGCCAAAAACCAAACUAUAGCUGAUUUGGAGCUUGUCACCAAAAACCAGGAGCUCACCAAUCUAUACUUGCUAGGAAGGUUGAAUGGACUACAAUUUGAUCUCCAUAAUAAAUUACCAGAAAAUCUCACCACGCUGACAUUAUCAGGAUCUGAGCUAACUGGAGACCCAAUGCCAAAAUUAGAGAAGCUACCCAAGCUACAAUUCCUUAGGUUAUGCUCUAAAUCUUUUAAGGGUCAGAACAUGGUUUGUUCAUCAGGAGGGUUUGGUCAGCUUCGAGUCUUAAGGAUUUGGAAGCUUGAAGAACUCCAAGAAUUGAGUGUGGAAGAAGGAGCAAUGCCAAACAUUGAGGAGUUAGAGAUUAGAACUUGCAAUAACUUGAAGAAGCUUUCUCGAGUCCCAAAGACCCUCAAUGAAUUGAAGUUGACCAAAAUGCCAGAGGAAUUCACUAAAAAGUUUGUCAAAUAUAAAGUCUGCAGGGUUGUCAAAGAUUAACAGGGUAGUUUGCUCUGGUCUUGGAUUUCUGGAUUUGAGGGAAAAAAUUAAACAAAAUUCGUGGAGGAUUUCCUCUUUUGUUUCCAAUACAAGAUUUGCUGACCGAAGGCAACAAGCCGGAUGAGAUUCGAUGGAUUGAGACGUUGAAGAAGGAAGUUCCAGAGGACAUGCCAACUUGCCAAACCGCUUUAUUUGAUUGUUCGAUUGGGUCUUUCUUUGAUUUUUAGUUCGUUUUUAUUUUUUGGUUUGUGUGUUUAUUGUUGACUUUGCUUGAGCAAAGUUUCUAAUUGGGCUUGAAAAUUUUAAAAAGAGCAACCUAAUGAAAGAGGCUCCCGCUUUUUCAAGGUCUGAGAGGGCCAAAAUGAGUAGAAUAAUA